CAAACAAAAAAAUGUCGGAAUAUCUGUCGGAAGAACUAGCCUUUGAGAUUCUCGCGAGGCUAACCAUAAAGGAUCUUGCUCGAUUCAGAUGCGUCUGCAAGACGUGGAGAGACAUUAUCAACAGCCGUGGCUUCUCCGAGAGGUACCGAGACGUUUCUUCCGUGAAGUUUGUGUCGUUUUAUGACAAGGGUUUCUACUUGCUUGACGUGGAAGACAAGCUUCCGCUUAUAGAAACACCUCGUAAGCUUGAUUUCCCUUUGGAUCAUCAGUCGAUGAUAGAUGAAUCCACAUGUGUGCUUCACUGUGAUGGGACGUUAUGUGUGACGUUAAAGAACCACACUUUAUUGGUUUGGAAUCCAUCUUCCAAGCGGUUCAGGAUCGUACCAAAUCCUGGUAUCUACCGAGAUUCAAACAUUCUUGGUUUCGGUUAUGAUCCGGUUUCCAACGAUUACAAUAUCGUAAUGUUUAUGGACAAGCCUGACACUUCCACGGCGCAGGUUUUCGAGUUCAAAACCGGUUCUUGGAGAGAUAGCGUACGGAUUCCUUGUCCUGAUUGGUAUUACAGAGAGAGAAGAGGUACAUUCUUGGAUCAAUACCUCUAUUGGAUUGCGUACCGGUCUGAUGUCGACCGGUUCAUCCUGUGUUUUAAUCUUUCGACCAAUGAAUACCGAAAAUUAUCUCUCCCGGUUUACGAUCAAGGUGCUACGUGUUCUUGGUUAGGCGUUACAAGUCGAAAACUUUGCAUUACAGAGUAUGGACCAUGCGAGGAGAUUUGGAUAUCGGUUAUGGAUAAAACCGAGUCAUGGAACAAGAUUAUAAGCCUUUCAAUAUCUAAUUUGAUCUCUAUACAAGAUAAUAUCUUCGAUUAUCAAGUAGAGUUCGUGUCAUUUACGAAAAGGAACGAUAUCGUCGUAACAUACACUGGGUAUUACGAUAAUGUCGAGAUGGAAGGUGAAAAACGUGUGAAGAAAAAGGUGUUCUUAUACAAAACCGGUGACAAUACAUUUCAAGAAAUCCGGUUUUGUAACUCCUUUGCCGGAUUUAGGCUUCUCGGUGAAUAUGUGGUGACUUCUCUGAUUAUUGAUCGAUAUUUAUUUGAAACAAAGAAAAUGUAA